UGCCAGGAGCUGGCAGGAGGAGAGAAUCUAGACGCUACCCUGGCAGGAGAGUCUCACCUCGCAAAUCACAUCGCGCAGCGGCGCUCCCACGUCCACUCGUGACAGUGACGUCACCGACUGGCCAAACCAGGAAGAGAGUGAGGAAGAGGAGAGGCAGCAACCACCGUUCUACUGUCCCGGGCACAGAUCUAAUCAGCAAAUAUGGAUUUUCUAUUUGGCCGCCGGAAAACCCCGGAGGAGCUGCUGCGCCAGAACCAGCGCGCUCUCACUCGGGCCAUGAGGGAGCUCGAUCGAGAGAGGCAGAAACUUGAGCAACAGGAGAAAAAAAUUAUCGGAGACAUCAAGAAAAUGGCGAAACAGGGUCAAAUGGAUGCUGUUAAAAUCAUGGCUAAGGAUUUAGUACGUACCCGCCGCUAUGUUAAGAAGUUCAUACUGAUGCGGGCAAACAUCCAGGCUGUGUCCCUGAAGAUCCAAACACUGAAGUCUAACAAUUCUAUGGCCCAGGCUAUGAAAGGGGUGACCAAAGCAAUGGCUACAAUGAACAGACAGCUGAAAUUGCCCCAGAUCCAGAAAAUAAUGAUGGAGUUUGAGAAACAGUCUGAAAUUAUGGAUAUGAAGGAGGAGAUGAUGAAUGAUGCCAUCGAUGAUGCAAUGGGUGAUGAAGAUGAUGAAGAGGAGACUGAUGCUGUGGUGUCCCAGGUGCUGGAUGAAUUGGGUCUAAAUCUGACUGACGAGCUGUCCAACCUGCCCUCUACUGGAGGGUCUCUCAGCGUGGCUGGAGCAAAGAAGGGAGAGCCCACCGCUGCACUGGCUGAUGCGGACGCAGAUUUGGAGGAGCGCCUGAACAAUCUGCGACGGGACUGAUGUGCCCAAACACUGUUCUGCACAGACUCUUCAGUUUUAUUACUUUUUUUCUGUGUUCUGAGUGGGGAUGUAAUGUAAGGGCACUGAACAGCUGUGCCCCAGAGGUCAAAAUCCCAAUUUUGGCAAUUAAAAUGCUGGCCUUCUGUCAGCCUUUACUGCACUUAUGCAGGGUGUUCAACACCUGCCUAUUCCCCAGUCUCCUGUGCCGCAGACACUCCCAUCCACACAGCUCAUUGUAGCUUCUAUAUUGUACAGAGAAGACUGUUCUUUUAGUUAUAUUGCUGGCUGCGUGAGAACCUAUCACUGUGUUCCCACACUCACAGGACAGCCGCCUUGUCCUAGAGAACCAAAGGCUUAUAUGCUUCCUUUGUGUUACAGUGGCAUAAUCGGCCAUAUUGCUGAUGGCACAGUUAAAACAAUCUCUGUGAACUUUGGUUUCUUGGGUUGGCUCUAAUGAUUAAGCACCUGUUUGUUAAUAGGGACAUGUACAGAUGCAGGUUUGUAAAAAUACAUGAUACAAUAAACACACAUAGUUAUCGAAUGGUAAUUCCAGAUCAUUAUACCACUUAUGCAAUGAACGGUCUCCAGCUCCUCUCCCUGUGUCUGAUAAUUACAGUCUGUAAGAUGCAGUGUGUCUUAUCCCCAAUGCAGACUUGUGGUACUGGAAAGCAGCCAGACAAAUAUUACUGUGCAUUAGUUAACACUACAGUGAUCAAACGUAAUGUCUGACCAGUUGCAGCACGGUUGUAAUUUGCAUCACUUUGUUUCCCUUAAACAAUGCUAUGCGAUGACCAUGGUAACACGCCACAUUACCGUAAAAUACAGUAAUUAUGGUUUUGUUACGGCAACUGUAUAGCCUUAUCUAAUUUUUUUUUUAUUAAGUUUUCUAAAGGGUCUUUUGGAAAAUGAAAGUGAUUGAAAAACACAACUGGUAUAAUUUUUUUGUUUUAUUUCUUCAGUUCCAAAUCGACAGAGACAAAAUGGCUGCAUUGUUUGGGAUGCGGUCAAGAUCCCUUUGGACGGGAUCCUGGAGGUCGGAAUACCGACACCGGGAUCCCGACCGCACAAUCCCGACAUAUUCUCCCUCUGUGGGUGUCCACGACACCCAUAGAAGGAGAAUAAAUUAGUGAGCCCGCAAGGGGCUGCGUUGUGCUUGCCCCCCUGUCGGGAUUGUGCCGGUCGGGAUCCCGGUGUCUGUAUUCCGACCGCCAGGAUCCCGUCCAGCGGUAUCUCGUACUGAUCCCCAUUGUUUUACUGCUUAAUAUUGAAUGAGUAUAAUGACAUGCCUGUUGUAAUAGAACAAAAGAAAGUCGUUUAAAAAAAAUGAUUUUUGGCUUUGUCUGUCUAAUAAAAUUGUCAGAUCGUUGAAGCCUGGUUACACCUCACAGAUUUAAGAUGCGAUUGAAUCUGUAUUGUUAUAAAACGAGCCAUCCUAUCUGAUCCCAUUGCAUGUUUAUACAAGCCUGUUAGGUUCAGUGCUAGAAAGCCAAAUAUAAUUUACCCUCAUUUUUCAGUCGACAUUCAGAUCUUUGUAAAACAUGUUGUGUUACUGCACUGUCGUGUUCUCUCUUUAUUCAUGGUGGGAGUACCUAAUGUUUCUGUAUUCUGGGGAAAGUAAUUUCCUGGUUGGCAACAAAUACCAAACACCAAUUAGGAGGAUAGGUUAUUCAGUAAUUCUGGUCCUAAUGUACAUUAUAUGGCACACAUCACCUGACGGUGAUCUGUGGUUUCAUUUCGACUGUAUUCUUGUCUUCCUCGUUCAGGCCUGGCCAACCUGUGGCUCUCCAGCUGUUGUAAAACUACAAGUCCCAGUAUGCCCUGCCACAGAUUUACUAUUAGGGAAUGCUAAAACUAUGACGGGAUGCUGGGACAUGUAGUUUGACAACAGCUGGAGAUCCACAGUUGGCCAGGCCUGUUCUAGUUGAAAGUUGGCCCAGUUGGGUGCACGCUUGAAUUAUACUGUAAUGUUUGACAUCAAUAUUUUUGUGUCCGUAUGUGGCUUAGAAACAAGCCGCUAAUCUGUGUAACAUUAAAAAGACCAUUUAUAUUGUUUUAGCACUUUGAGCGAGUGGAAAACUGGAACUUUGUUGAACUUUGUAAAAUACCCGCUUGUAAUGAAAUCGUGUAUUACUCCGUGUGUAGAAUGCUCAUAUUAUAGACGUACUGUAGAUUUUAUGUAUAUUUUAUGAUGGUUUCUAUUUUCCUUCCAUAAAAGGCUAAUGGGGGAGAUGUACUAAGCAGUAAAAAGAGUGGAGAAGUUGCCCAUGGCAACCAAUCAGCAUUGAAGUAACGUUUAUAAUUUGCAUACUAUAAAAUUACAUAGACCAGCUGACUGGUUGCUAUGGGCAACUUUCUACUGGCUCACCUCUCUACUCUAUUCGCUGCUUAGAAAAUCUCCCCCUGAAAUUAUCUGAAAAUAUUUGAUAUAAGUUCUGAUCUCUUGGUGGCAAGUUGCUAUCUAUUUGUAAGAGAAGUAAAAUUUUUAUUUUGCUUAUUCUAUCCGAUAUGACUUCCGGCUUCCUCUAUUACUCAUUAAUACAUUGGAAUAUUUGAGAUAUCUGAUAAUGACAUCAUCUGCUUAGCUUUGUCACUUGCCAGGCCUGGUUAUCCAGUUCUAGAGCAUUGUUUACUGCUCAUGUGGCCCUUGUACAAGAUAAUCUGUGUUAAUUAUAGAGAAAGGGACGUGUUCCUCAAAUAGCAUAAAUAAAGACAUUUUAUUAUCGA